AUGUCGCAGCAAGGCCUCGCGCCUCAGCCUUCGACCCUAAGAGGCCCUAAGGAGCUGCAGCUUUCCAGAGACUGGGGCCACAUCAGUGCCAUCAACCAGUCUUCAACAAAGUUGUACACGCAACGCAAUCCUUGCCGGAUGGCCCAUAACAUGCCAUCAGACUCAGGCUCCACCUCAGCGAGGCAGCAUGCUCGCCAGGACGCAGCCUCAGAGGAGAAACGCCUCAAACAGAAAUUCUUGGGGGCUCGAUCUCGGGCAGCUUUCAAUUUCAGAGCUAUCCAGUUCGAUCAGACUCGUAGCCAGCCGGCCGAGGUGCAGCCCGGAGAGCCAGCCAGAUCUCCGCGAGGAAGCUUGCGAGCCUCGCUUUGGACUUUGGAUGUUGUGGAUGUAGGGAAACGGCAUGCAGAAGGGUUAUUGACUUCGCAAAAGAUGCACGCCCAAAUUUGCGGGUCACGAAAGCAGCGAUUAUUGCAGCGAUUAAGCCAGGAACUCCGAAAUCCUAACGAUGCCGAUAACUCCCGUCCCACCCCGCUCCUGCUUAUGACGUCCUUUGCUCUUGGUGAGAACUUGCUGGAUGUUCUCUUGGAUCCCUUGCCUGCGUGCUUAGAUCCCUGUGCUGACACGGACUACCCUGCGCGCUGUGAAGCACCUCCUCAUAGAUGGAAGCUGGAGAAUGCCAUGCCACAUGGAGAUCUUCAGAGCUUCUUGCACAAGCAGGACCAGCUUCUGGAUGAGCUACAAAAAAUGCGCGGCAUGUUGGCACGGCGCGAUGCCGAAUUCGAGGCGUUCCGCGAGGACGUCAAGCACCUGCUUCGCAGCGGCGGGGCUUCGCCGCACUGGCAAACCAUGCACCAGGAUGUUGUAGGUAUCGAAAUGGUGGGACAGGUCUUUGCGAGCCUUCCUGGGAAUACAGGUCAGCUCGUCAACAGUCACCGCCGAUAUCCGAUCUCCGCUCGAUACGCCGGUCGCCCGCACACGGCUUGGGAUGAGUGGUUCAGGAAGGCCGACUACGAUCAGCCCAAUCCAGGAGAUGGCGUCAAAAUCUGGCUCCGUGGACCGAAGUGGGAGCUUGGGCAGCCAGAACAGCGUGACCGCCGCAGUCUCAGGCUUUUGAAGCGGGAGGGGCAUCGUGCCCUCCUGACACUUUCCAGCGACCAGUGCGGAAAGUACUUGAGUGCCUUUGAGAAGAGUGAGAGGCAGAAGCUUGGAAAUCAAUUCCGCAAGGAGGGUGGCGACCUGCACCGGGCCAUGUCCCCGCAAGGACAGCAGGAUGCCUCCUUUCUUUGGAUGGAGUCAUGUGGUGACUAUGCCUUUCAGGCAACGCGCCGAAAGGCGAAAGCUUCACCUUCGGAGAAACCUUGGCGGCUUGCAUGUGUUUUUGCAUUGCUCCUUCCACUCUGUGUGGUCUGCUUGAGGGGAGCGCAAGCUUGUUCGUUUUGCGAGUCUUCUUCCGACUUGCUGGCUAGCCUGUGGCAUCUAGCUGAAGGAGGCGAUGCUUUUCGUCUCCUCUCGGGUCCUCCGCAUCGUAACAUCACUUCACAUAUUACCGUCCUCAUGUGCAGAUUAUGA